GGCCGAAACCUGUGUGUAUUUUAUUACUACCUCUCGUGGUGUUGCAUCAUUCAGUGAGGUGAGAGUAGAUUGUGAACAAACUUAUUUUGUCAGAGAGCAAGAUGGAGAGUAUUGCCAAUGGGCAUCACAGCCAAUUAUCUGGAGAAGCAGUGGCUGAAUGGAAGCCUUCUGAAUUAUAUGGAAAACAUACGUGGAAGAUACAGAAAUUUUCUCAACUUAACAAACGACAACUUCGAAGUAAUGCAUUUGAGGUCGGGGGCUACAAAUGGUAUGUUGUAUUGUAUCCCCAAGGCUGUGAUGUCUCCAAUCAUCUCUCUCUGUUUCUUUGUGUCGAAAAUCAUGACAAGCUCCUUCCAGGUUGGAGCCAUUUUGCACAGUUUACAAUAUCAGUGGUGAAUAAGGAUCCAAAGAAAUCAAAAUAUUCUGAUACAUUACAUCGGUUCUGGGAGAAAGAGAAUGAUUGGGGAUGGAAAAAGUUCAUGGAGCUUUCAAAAGUAUCAGAUGGUUUUAUUGAUGAUGACACUCUCACAAUAAAGGCACAAAUUCAAGUGCUAAGGGAGAGAGCUGACCGGCCUUUUCGUGGCCUUGAUAGUCAAUAUAGGAGAGAACUUGUUAGGGUAUAUUUGACAAAUAUUGAGCAGAUAAGCAAGCGUUUUGUGGAAGAGAGAAAAAGCAAGCUGAGGAAGCUGAUUGAGGAUAGAGCUAGAUGGUCAAGUUUUCGUGACUUCUGGUUGGGAAUUGGGCAGAGUGCUAGGCGACAUAUGUCUAGGGAAAAGACUGAUGCAAUUCUAGGAGUUGUUGUAAAACACUUCUUUAUAGAGAAGGAGGUGACAUCUACUUUGAUGAUGGAUUCAUUGUACAGUGGAUUGAAGGCUCUUGAAGGGCAUACCCAUACCAAGUGCAAAAAGGGGAAAGCAAAACUUUUAGAUGCUGAAGAGAUGCCAGCUCCAAUAGUUCACAUAGAAAAUGACACAUUUGUUUUGGUGGAUGAUGUACUACUGUUGCUUGAGAGGGCUGCUAUGGAACCAAUACCACCAAAAGAAGAGAAGGGCCCUCAAAAUUGUACUACGGAUGGUAGCUUUGGAGAAGACUACAGCAAAGAUUCCAUUGAACAUGAUGAAAGGCGUCUUACAGAAUUGGGUCAUAGAACUCUGGAAAUGUUCGUCCUUGACCACCUGUUUAGUAAAGUUGAACUUGCUUUUCAAGAGGCUGUUGCAUUGAAGAGGCAGGAGGAACCCAUUCGUGAAGAAGAGGCUGCAUAGGCAAGGCGAAUAGUUUCAUGCCAAAAAUAUGUUUAUUUUUGUUGUGAUUGUUAUUUUCUAAAGAGUUCCAGUUUAGUGUGGUUUUGACUGUGUGUGUUCGUUUUUUUUUUUCUUUGGUUUUUUGUGUUUCCUUACUGGGAUUUAGUUGCUUCUCUAGAUUCUUUCCUCUUAUUUAUGAGACUGUAUUUGGCAUUCUUUUGAAACU